GGUACAUACCCACGUCUAGAGAACGUUGAGAAGACUACUCCUUUAGGAUGUAUUAGACUAAACCAAGACUAUAGAUAGAUAUAGAUAGAUAUACUAUAUACUAUAUACUGUAGAUACUAUAAGAUAUUGAUCUGCUGGACAAAACACAUAGCAUGCUGCUACUGCUUUUCACACUCUGUAGUCUGCUCAGUUGUGCCUUCAGUCAGUGCGAGGAGGGAUGGAGAGCAUAUGAGGACAAGUGUUACUACUUCUCUACCAACAAAAAGUCCUGGGAUGAUGCCCGCACAGACUGUGUGGGACGGGGGAGCCAUCUGAUGAGCAUCCUGGACAUUCAUGAGAGGACAUGGGUGCGGACUCAGAUUGGUACAGAGAUUUUCUGGAUCGGUCUGAAUGACAUUGCUGCUGAGGGAGUGUGGGAGUGGACUGACGGGAGCACCUUCCUCCCCUACUUAGCAUACUGGAAACCAGGCAAUCCUGACAACUGGCAGGACAACGAGGAUUGUGGGGAGGUGGUCGGGGGAGAACAUGGACAAUGGAAUGAUGACGUCUGUGUUAACCUGCAGAAGUAUAUCUGCAAGCGCCCCAACCCUAAUCCUCCAACAACGUGCGACACAGCCAACGGAUGGAGCCAGUAUGGAUCCAACUGCUACAAACUACAGACAGACACCAGGAAGAGCUGGUUGGGAGCCAGAAAUGACUGUGUGAGGGACGGGGCGGACCUGGUGUCCAUCGCAUCACAGGAAGAGGAGCAGUACGUCACAGGACGACUGGACUCUUCCAUGUACGACCUCUGGCUUGGCUACACCACUCUGAAAUGCACAACAAUAUCAUGUCAGGUUGAAAUUAACAGCGUUCAGUUCAGCUGGUCUGAUGCUUCUACAGGGGCCUACGUCAACUGGGGAACCGAUCCUCAUCAGCCAGAUCUCAGUGAAAAGGAGAACGGGAUUUGUGUCGCAGUGAUCAAGGAGGCGGGACAGGACUUUGGGAAGUGGAAGUCCCAUAUAUGCCGUCAUGAGCGCCCUUACAUGUGCAAAAGAGCACUCAACACCAUUUGCCCUCCCGGUUGGAUCAGUUUCAGUGGGAGCUGUUACUGGGUGGUCAGCAACAAGAUGCUCCUGACCAGCUGGCAUGAGGCUCAACAGAAGUGUUCAAGUGAGGGGGCUAACCUGGUGACAAUUAAGACUCAAGAGGAGCAAUACUUCAUCAACACUCAUCUGCCUGAACUUAAUCAAGGGGAAGUGCCUGAUAUGUGGAUUGGUGUUGCAGAUCAGGACCAGGAUGGUACAUUCAGAUGGGUGGACAAAACAGAUAUUAUGUUCUCCAAUUGGAAACCUAACUUUCCCAAGAACACAGCAAACCUCUGGGACUGUGGUCAAAUCUACACCGGAGAUUUCUCUGGAAAAUGGGAAACAACCAACUGCUUCAAAAACCUGGGAUACAUUUGUAAAAUGGUGGGGGGUCAAAAUGUUAAGCCUACGUCUGUUCCAGAUUCUCAUUGUGAUGCUGGAUAUCUUCUCUAUGGAGACUACUGCUAUCACUUUGAGACUGAAAUGGUGAAAAAAUGGCAAGAUGCUGAGAGUUACUGUGCCAAUCAAAAUGGCCACCUGGCAAGUUUUCAUACUCAAGAGGAACUGAGCUUCAUAACUACUCAUAUGCCCGGCCCAUCCUGGGUUGGUCUUAGUGACAUUACGACAGAAGGAGUGUGGGUCUGGACUGAUGGGACUCCAUCCGACUUUCUACCAUGGGCGCCCAACCAGCCUGACAACUGGCAGGGCAAUGAGGAUUGUUCCAAUAUUCGGGGAUUCAACCACCAUGAAGCUGGGCUACUCAACGAUGAGUUCUGUACAAUGACAUUAGAAUUUGUCUGCAGAAAAGCAAAAGGUCAAGGACCCCCACCCAGACCUCCCACAUCGGGGCCAGAUUGGAAUGAGAAGUGUGGCUCUUGGAUGUCAGACCCGUUCAAUGACUACUGCUACCUGUUUAACUACCUGUCCACGAGGAAAUGGGCUGAUGCACGUGCUGACUGUGUGAACCAGGGAGGGGACCUUCUCAGCAUCACCGAGCCCUUUGAACAGGCCUUCAUUCAAUCUCAGGUCCAGCUGAUUCCUACGGGGGUGUCCAUGUGGAUGGGGGGACAUGACUCCAUUACAGAGGGGGGCUGGGAGUGGACUGAUGGCUCUCCUUUCAGAUACAUCCACUGGAACUCAGGCAACCCAGACGACUAUGAAGGAGAGGAUUGCCUUUCCAUGCUCAUCAACACCGGCUACUGGAACGAUGACAACUGUGACUACAAUAGAGGAUACAUAUGCAAGCGCAGAGGAAACACACCAGUUUCUCCUCCACCCCACGAUGGGUUUGAAACUGCUUACAUCUGUGAGGACUCCAGUGCUGUCCUCCACUGUGACACCAACAGCUCCAUCAACAUCCAGUCAGCUUUCUUUGGCCGCAAGAGUGACAAGAUCUGCCCCCACCAGGAAGGAGCUUCAGGAACAUGCACUGUAGAUGGCAUCCUGCCUUUGGUACGAAAGGCGUGUGAAGGCCGACCCUUCUGCUUCUUGUAUGCCCAUGCUGAAACUGACCCCUGCCCUUCCAUCUCCAAAUAUCUGGAAGUAGUGUACAGCUGUGAGCAACAUGUGUGUCUGAAAAGUCUGGGUCUGGCCCAGGGUGGUACCGUCCCGGACGCAGGAUUCUCUGCCUCUUCCUCAAUUGGUUCUAGCAAUGGUCCUAGCAAUGGUCGCCUGAAUAGUAACUCCUGCUGGAAAACCUCAAGCCCCGUAAACUCCUGGAUCCAGGUGAACCUAGGCGAAACCAAAAAGGUCACAGGGGUCGUGAUGCAAGGGUGUAAAGAUGCAGAUCACUGGGUGACUAAAUUCAAGAUCCAGCACAGUAUGGAUGGAGGCCAAUGGACUGACUACGUAGACGACGGAGGGCAAUUCCCAGGCUCAACGGACAGGAACACGCCAGAGACCUACAUCAUGGGGACUCCUGUCUCUGCCCAGUAUGUCAGGAUUCUUCCCCAGGAAUUCAACGGACAGGCUGGACUUCGCUUUGACAUCCUGGGAUGUACACCUGACUAUGCUGUGACCUGUAGUGCAAAGCCCAACUUUGACUUUGCCAGUGACCGUAGGACUGUCCACUGCCCAGCAGGAUGCGCACGGAAGACAUACACUGUGUACGGGUCAACAAAAUAUAGAGGGGACUCCCACAUUUGUGCAGCUGCGAUCCAUGCCGGAGUAAUCCUGAAUGAUAUUGGAGGAGACUGUACUAUGUUGAAGGAACCGGGCCAGAACUUCUACAGCGGCUCCACCAAGAACGGCAUCACCUCCAGGCAGUAUGAUGGGAACUAUCAAAUAUCAUACCAGUUUGCAGAUGGAGAGUUGAGAUGCUUGGGGCCUGACUGGUAUGAAUUUGGGGAAUUCUGCUACAAGCCCUACGGAGAUAAAAAGACAUGGCAUGCAGCCCGUGGCGAGUGCAGGAAGCUGGGAGCUGACCUGGUGUCCAUUCAGUCCAUGACGGAACAGAGCUGGCUGGAGAGCUACCUUUACAUGGCCACCAAUGAUGUGUGGAUUGGGCUGAAUGAUUUGGGCUUCUCAGGCCUGUUCUCCUGGUCAGACAACCACUGGGUCACUUUCACCUACUGGGCACCAGGAGAACCCAACAACCAUCAAGGCUUCAAUGAGGACUGCGUGGAGAUGUUUUAUCAGACUGGUAGAUGGAAUGAUGUCCCCUGCACGGAACUGAACACUUAUAUAUGCAAGAUGCCCAAAGCACACUACCCGCUUCCCUCCGUCAUGCCCACGGUGUACGGAUGCCCACAGGGCUGGGAUGCCUAUGGUUAUUCCUGUUACUGGAUGGAAGAGACCGCCAGAACCUGGUCAGACGCCAAGGCCUUCUGCGAGCAGCAGAACAGCAAACUUCUGCACAUUGGGGACAUUUAUGAACAGUCCCACUUCACGGUGAAGCUGGCUGGAUACACUGGUUUGUGGUGGAUUGGACUGAGGGCAGGGGGUGAUUCAGGAGGGGUGGAUUACAUUUGGGAUAAUGGAGCACCUCUCACCUUCACACACUGGGAUCGAAACCAGCCAGAUAACCACGUGGGAACCUGCGUUGGCAUGACUACGGGCCCUACUGGUGGGUUCUGGGAUGACAAGCAAUGCACUGAGGCAUUCCCAUUCGUGUGUGAGACACCAAGGCCUGACAUCACACCGCCCACUAAACCUCCAACUCCUCCCCCUUCACCGGACUGUGCGGACGGUUGGACGGCUGAGCGACACUUCAGGAACUGCUACAGGCUCUUCACGGUGGAUUUCUCCAAGAAGAAGAGUUGGUCUGCAGCCCGUGAGGACUGUACGUCCAGGGGGGCAGACCUUGUCAGUAUCCAUAGCAUGGAGGAAGAGAACUUCCUGUCCACGCACACCAAGGGGAAGUCCAUGUGGAUCGGGCUGAAACACAACCCUACAGAUGGAGGUUACCACUGGAGUGACGCUACUCCUGUGAGCCACACCAACUGGGGACAUGGGGAGCCCAACAACCAUGAGGGUCGUGAGGACUGUGUAGAGAUGGUGAGCAACACAAAUGGAACGUCGUCUUGGUGGAACGAUCUCAACUGUGAUGCCCAUCAGGACUGGAUCUGCAUGAUCUCCAAGGUGAAGAAGCCCAUCGUGCCUCCAGUGCCCCCUCCUCCUGUUCCAGCACCUGACUGCGGUACCAACGCUGGCUGGAGGAAGAACAAUGGCAUCUGCUAUUACUAUAACGAUACCGACAUAGUGGACUUCUACCAAGCUAUGUCCCGCUGCUACGCUGAGAAGGCCCAUCUGGUCUCCAUCUUAAACAAAGACGAACAGGCGUACAUCAACACAAUGAUUGGGACGGGAAAGGCCGAAUCAUCGUGGAUUGGAAUGCUGGUGUUUGGGAUCGCAGCAGACCAAUACCAGUGGGUGGACUGGUCCCCUGUCACAUAUGUUUUCUGGGGUCCGGGAGAGCCUAAUAAUGCCAAUGGGGAGGAACAGUGUGUCCAGAUGAACAGACAUCAAGGUAAUUGGAACGAUGUCAACUGCGCCCGUACCAAUGCAGGUUACCUGUGUAAGAAAUACCCUGGUGAAGACCACACCCCUCCUCCUCCCACCCAACCCUGGACGGGAUACUGCCCAGAGGGAUGGAAACUGUUCCGAAACAAGUGCUUCAUGUUCCAAGGACACAAGCACGGGAUGAAAGGCAACUGGACCUUCGCUCGGAGUUGGUGCAAAAGUAAAGGAGCAGAAUUGGCUGUCAUCGACAAUCAAUAUGAGAACGACUUUGUGUCCAGCUAUCUAAGGGAACUGAAGCGGUCAACAUGGAUUGGCUUGACAGACAGCCUGGUGGAAGGGGGGUUUGGCUGGAGUGACGGUGUGAGUCCGGUGUUGUACACCAACUGGGCCGACAAGGAACCCAACAACGAUGGAGGGCGGGAGCACUGCACCGCCAUUACUCAUAACUCCUUGGUGAGCGGACGCUGGAACGAUGACUUGUGCACUGAGGAACAUAGCUGGGUCUGCUCCAUGAAGAAAUCAAGCAGUAUGGCUCCGCCAGCUCCAACCCCAAACCCCUGCCCCGCUGGCUACGUCUCCUGGUAUAAUAACUGCUACAAGCUGGUGGAGGAGCCCAAGACGUGGGAGGCAGCUCAGCUGGCAUGUGAGCAGGAAGUGGGCAACUUGGCCAGCAUUGACAUGAGCUACGACCAGGCCUUCGUGGCUGGGGCUGUACUCCAGGGCAAGGCAGACGCAUGGAUUGGACUCCGACGCAAGGAUGAUAGCAGUUCAUAUACCUGGACAGACGGCUGGCCAGUGUUCUUCACUCACUGGGGACCUGGGGAACCUAGCAACCACAAAGCAGAGGGCUGUGUGAGCAUGCAUGCAGACCGCAUCUUCCAUGGAACGUGGAAUGACACCGAUUGCAAUUCUGCCAAGGCCUACAUCUGCAAGAUCACCUCAGAGUCUCCUCCUCCAACCCCAGCCCCCGGAGAUGGGAAAUGCCUUCAUGGCUGGGUUCCCUAUGGUCGCUAUUGCUACCUUGUACACAACGGGCCCCAGGGAUUCUCCUGGCCAGAGGCCAGACACUACUGCCAAGGAAUGAGAGGAGACCUGGUGUCCAUCCACAGUAGAGCAGAGGUGGAGUUCAUCUUGAAAAUGAACUACACCAGGGUGCACAACGUCUGGAUCGGCCUGACCAGGGACAACAACUUUGGUUGGAGUUGGACAGACAUGCAGUCCUUGGCUUUCCUGAACUGGGCGCCCAACGAGCCCAACGAAGCCUUCCACCAAGGAGACGUGGGAGGAGAGAACUGUGUCGAGAUGUACCCUGACGGACAGUGGAACGACAACAACUGUAUGCAGAAGAGAGGAUAUGCCUGUCGCCAUCGCCAAUACUACACCACAGAUGACGGUGGUAUAGUCAUUCCCACUGAUGCUCCCCCAGCUAACAGUGCAGGACUGAUAGCUGGGGCUGUGAUUGGGGCCAUAGUCGUCUUCACCUUGAUAUUUGGACUGCUAUAUUAUGUCUUUAGUAUCAGAGGGGUCAAGCUGAGUGACGUCAGCUUCCCAACAAGAACGGGAAAGAGCGUCGAUGUGCCUGCUUUUAACAACCCCAACUUUGGAGGAGAAUCGGAAACAUGAAGCAUUGGAUCUGGAUCAGUUUUUGAAUGUUUGUAAUGAAUCGCGAUUGCCACACUUUCUCUUGUAUAAGAGAUCACCAUCUCAAUAACUUAGGUCUGUUUUAAUAAACCAUGAAUACAACGAUAUCUAAGAACUGUUUUUGAGACGUGCAUUUUUGAGAGAAUAUGUUUUCUAUUAAUCUCUUUUAAUUCUUAUAAAUCAGUCGGCAACAUAUAAUAUUUUUUUGAUUGAUGCUUGUUGUUGUAUAUAUCACACUACAUUAGCAAUAAAAUCACCUUUCUGAAACAAAUUGGGCUGCCACGACCACCGGAGAUUUCAUAUAUCUGCCAAAUGGCAAAGCUAUUUUACGAUAAUGUAUGAAAUAGUAUUAUUUACUGUUGUAUUUAAUGUAUUGAUAAUGCACUAUUUUCUAAAAGAGGUUUGAAUAAAAUAAAAUACACUUUUAAUACUAUUUCUAAAUGUAUUGCGUGCCGGAGACCUUUUCAAAUGUGUCUGUGGCUGAAAAUAUCGUAGUUAUAUUUUCCCCUGAUUUUACUUUUGUAAAACCGAUAAAUAUAAAACAAACAUGUUUGAAGAUAUGUUUUAUGUUUGCUCAGAUUAGAAUAUUGUGUAUUGAAUACUGAAUUUAUAUAUUAUAAUAAUAUAUAAUAUUGAAUACUCUAUCAAGAGAAUAUUCACUUGGUGUUCUAUUCUUCUAACUGCUAUGGUAUAGAAAUAUCCUUGAUGUAUUCAACUUUUCACUGCUGGUAUAGUGACUUGCCAAUUUUAAUAGAGAAAGUACAAAUUGUUUUGUAAAUUAAUAUGAGAUCAUACACUG